CACAAUUUGACAACAGUCUCAUCUCAAGGUCCAUUUAGUGGCUUUCCUGAACUUUUGAUCUCGUUUUAAUCUUCAUCAGCAGAUGGACUGGUGCCAGUAUGACACCUUAGCUUCUACAAACCUUUGGACUGACUUCCACAGACAGAAUGGAGCCUCCGCCUAUAAGAACAUGAAUGUUUUAUAUGAUAUAAUAACGCUGGGGUGAGCAGACAGCCUCUGUUCGUCAGUGGGUUAAAGUUUACAGCAGACUCUCUGUAUUUCUGCUCGGCUCUCCUCCUCAUGGCUCAUUUCCAUGGCGCUGUCUCUAUAGGCUGCAGGGUUUUGGAGAGCUGACCCCUGAUUGGCCAGCGGAGCUGUCCCGCAGAGUCAGUCUUUGCUCUGAUUGGCUGCUUUUGCCACCAUGCUGUGCAGCUUUCUUAUCAAAGCACACGCUCUUUAAAGUCGGUUUAUGUUUCCCCCACAAACAUCGCAGACCGCUGCUUUAUCAUUAAACGGCGAAGCGCAGUUUUCUCGCCAUCCUGACUGAGAAUAUUCGAGAGUUUUCCCUGAGAGUUUUCCCUGAGAGUUUUCCCUGGCUGCCCGAUGAGAGGCAGUCGGCUGAAGUUUGGACGCAGAGCAGCUCUGAGUUGAAGAUGCAGACAUCGAAGAGUUUUCAGUUGGAUGAUUUUAUCGCAGGAUGGAUCGGCGGAGCCUCCAGUGUGGUCGUGGGCCAUCCACUGGACACAGUGAAGACACGGCUCCAGGCGGGAAAAGGCUACAAGAACACUCUGCACUGUGUCCUCGCCAUCUACAGGAAGGAAACGGUCAUGGGGUUCUUUAAGGGCAUGUCUUUCCCGCUGGCCAGCAUCACCGUCUACAACUCAGUGGUAUUUGGCUUCUUCAGUAACACCCAGAGACUUAUAAGCAAAUAUCGCUAUGGUGAUGGGCGGCAUCCCUGUGGCAUGCUGGACCUGACCGUGGCCAGCAUGCUGACUGGACUGAUGUCAGUGGGACUGGGAGCCCCGGUGGAUCUGGUCAAGAUCAGACUGCAAAUGCAGACGCAGACGGUUUUAUCAGAGAACUUGCACCUUGCUGGGAACGUAUCAAAUGGCACCAACAUCCCUCUGCACUCCGUCAACAUGCCUAGCCAGAGAUUCUAUCGAGGACCCAUCCACUGUAUCAGCAGCAUCCUGCAGACCGAGGGCCUUCAGGGCCUCUACAGGGGGGCCGGGGCCAUGAUCCUGAGGGACGUACCUGGAUACACGCUCUACUUCAUCCCGUACACCAUCUUCUGCAACCUGCUGAAGCCAGACGCCACGUCAAGCCCUCAUCCGUGUUCUAUCUGGCUCGCCGGAGGACUGGCAGGCUCCAUUUCCUGGGUCACAGCCACGCCGGCUGAUGUGGUGAAGAGUCGAUUGCAGGCCGACGCUCAGCUGCAGAGGAAGUACAAGGGAAUCUUACACUGCAUCAUCCACAGCUACAAGACGGAGGGAAUACAGGUCUUCGUCCGUGGAGCGUCAGUAAACGCCAUUCGAGGCUUCCCGAUGAGCGCCACCAUGUUCCUGACCUACGAACUCUCCCUGCAGUUCUUCAGGAGUCUCUAGGACCAAGGAAGCAUUUCUGUGGUAAAGGAAUCACAUCCAGUUCUUGGUAAAUGAGCACGCAGCAACUAGACCCCCGUAGAGUCACCUGCCUGUCACCUGAUGUUACCUUACGUCACUGCGAGCUGAUGAGGCAUUUCAGCUCUGAGAAACAGUCACUGCUGACCGUCUUCUCACAUGAUGACUGAUUCAUCAGUGAUGUUUUUAACGAGUAUUUUAAAUUUUGGGAAAUUUAAUG